AUGCGUAGCAUGGCCAGCUCUGCCUCGUCCAAGGGCAUCGCAGCCAUUGUCGGCGUCGGCCCAAAGCUUGGUCGUUCCAUCGCCCGCAAAUUCGCCCAUGAAGGUUACACUGUCGCCAUCCUCGCCCGCGACUUAGGCCAAUUGUCAAAAUUUGCUGAUGAAAUAGCUAGAGAAGAAAAGGCACAAGUAUUUGCAAUCCGAAUCGAUUGCUCGGAUUCUCGAAGCAUAAGAGAGGCAUUUGAAGCGGUUCUUUCAUUGGGUUUUGUUGAAGUGUUGGUUUACAAUGCAUACCAACCAAUUUCAGGCCAACCCAACAAUUCUACUGACAUUAGAGUCGAUCAUUUUGAGAAAUCCGUUGCAGUUUCAACUGUCGGCCCCUUCCACUGUGCCCAACAGGUACUUCCAGGCAUGGUGGAUAGAGGGAGAGGGACAAUUCUCUUUACUGGUUGUUCUGCUUCUCUUAACGGCAUUGCUGGUUACCCCAACUUGAGUUGUGGGAAGUUUGCAACGAGAGGGUUAUCACAAUGCUUGGCAAAAGAGUUCCAACAUCAAGGAGUACACGUGGCACAUGUCAUCAUCGACGGCAUUAUCGGCGCACCUAGUUUGUCCAGGGGGUUUACGCCAUCGACGUCAAGGCAUAGAACAGUCGGUAAACAGCCAUACAGUGGAGACGACGGGUGUAUGGACCCAGACGCGGUGGCUCAGACCUAUUGGCACUUGCAUAUUCAGGAUCGAUCUGUCUGGACACAAGAAAUCGACCUACGUCCCUCCACCCUCAAACUUCAUUAA